AUGAGUGUCCUGUUAGUCUGCAUAGAGUGUUUCCAUUCAGUCUUUUUUGGACCUUCAGCAUUUGGAACUCAGCCAGAGCUGGUGCCUGAACGUUUGACCGUCCUUCGGGGGCAAGAGGCCCAGUUUAUGUGCAGUACCCUCCACUUCCAAUGGGCUGUGAUGACGUGGCUGAUUAAUGGUGCCACGGUGCUCACCAUUUCUAAGGAGCAGGGCGUUCUGCCUUCCACCAGUGCUAAUGUGACGGCCGAGAAACGCCACGAUUCACGUGGAGACAGCUGGGUGUUUGUGCUGAAGAACACACAGAGGCAUCAUGAGGGACAGGUGACCUGUGACCUCCAGAACAAUCAGAUCGUAACAGCAGCCCUGUAUGUACAAGAGAAAGGCAGUGUGAAAAUCAUUGGGGCAACAGGACAGCUUUGAGGGGACAGAGGGGUCCUGUUUGAAUGUGAAGCCACAGGAUGGUAUCCUCAACCCUCUUUACAGUGGCAGGUGAAUGACAAAAAGGAAGCGUAUGAGCACUGGCCUCGGGGGUCGGUUUGGAUCUGGAAGUGGGGUGGGGGCACGAUGGGCACGCUCAAUCUCAAACUCUGCAUCGUCACGCAUGCCAAGCCCCUCAACCAACAUCUUUCAAACACAACUCAAAACAUCAGUAGCAACACUUUGCAGCGUAUUACUCAUUUUGACAACUUCAGUAAACAACUUAGACAAGUUAGGAGGAAAGGGCGCUUCGUCACCUUCCUCAUGUGGAGGACUGGUGACGACAGUGAAUACAAUGUGAGUUAUGAAGCUACAGAGAACAUCUACACUAUGACCAGCAGAUUCACCCUGCAGGCAGCACGGAGCUCUUAUGUGGAUUGUGGCACUUCUGUGUCCUCCCUCUCCACAUUCCUGUACAGCCGAGUCUACCUGACAGUAGUUGCAGAGGUUCUGGAGAAAGAGAAUGACUGCACAGCUCUACUGGCAGCGACAGCCACACUCUCUGCUCUUCUCCUGCUCCUCCUGCUCCUCCUGCCCGCCACCUACAUCUACUUUUCUUACAGGAAAAGGAGACAUGCAAAAUCAAGACAUCAGGAUGCAAUAAGGUUCAACCAAUCAAUUAAUGAGCAAAACCUGGUUGCUGAGGUGACACGGGGGAAAGUCAACCUGGGAUACUCUGGAGAGGACCUCAAAAAAGCAGGUCACAAUGAGCUAAUCAAGGACACAGGGAGCCAGAUGGCCUCUGUCAGCAUCCACAAGAUCCCUGAUGUUGUGUCCUCCAGUAAUCUAUCUCUACACAGACUGAGUGAUGCUGGCCAACCAUACAAAAGCUCCAAGAAUGUCAGACGAAUCACCACGGUGUGAAGAACCUAUAUUUGUCAGGAUUCAGUGUUGUUACUGUGUUCAAGGGUAUUUUUUUUCCCUCCAUCACGAUUGGACUGUCUUUUC